AUGACGACCGAGAAGCUGCAGGUGCGAAUAUCUGAACUGGAAAACUCAUUGUCCAAUGCCAACAGCACCAUCGAAGACGUUACACAGGAAAAUGAAGCAUGCAGAAGUAUGUGUGAGAAGCUACAGAACGAGAAGAAUCAAGAAAUGGAGCAGAAGAUCGCUGAACUGACCGAGGCUGCAGAUACCCACAAGGCGAAAUACAACCAAAUUAAGCAGGCAUAUUACAAAUUCCGUAACGAGCACGUUGAGAAACUGAAGGCAUUCUCGGCUCUCCAGAAAGAGCUUGAAGAAAAAGAGGCUACUAACGUUGCACUCCAGUCAGAAAUGGAGAAAUCCGAAGGUAGUUUGGCCGGACUUCAGUCAGAAUUCGCGGCUAAAACUGCUGCCUACGCGGAUUUGCAGACGUCGCUCUCGCAACUGAGGAAGGAAUACGAAGAUCUGCAACGAGACCAUUCGCAGUUAAAUGCGGAUUAUCAACAAUUGACCAUGGUAAAAGACGCCAAUACUGAAGCCCUUGCCAAAUCUGAAGCAAAAGUCGCAUCAAUUUCCACCGAUCUUUCUGAGGCGCAAACCCAGCUCCAAGUGAUUUUCUUUUUUUCUGUUGAAAGCAGCAUUUUCAUAAAGUUAUUUCAUCGCCGUGUCCAUUUAAGAUUUAAAACAAAGCUAUUCACAUUAACUGAAUAUAUUGUAUUAUUCAAAUGUUAGAC